AUGGAGGAGAGAGAAUGCGCCGCCGCCUCCCUCGUGGAGGAUGCCAAGAGAAGAUGCCUCAUUCUUUCCGAUCGCCUUCACCGCUUGAGCUACAGCAAGCUUCCCUGGCACCUGAAAAACACNAUCUGUCGAUUAAUCCAAUCGGAGCUCAUCUUUCUCCGCCGCGUCCCCGCCCUCUCCCACUCGCUCAGCCACAAUAUCGGUCACCUGGAGGCCGUGAUGCACGUUCUUCAGCAGCCGUCUGUUACAGGGGUAUCGCGCGUUUGCAAGGCGGUUAGUUUGUCCCAUUCGCGUAGCAUUUACGUCGAUAUCGUGUGUUCCCUCAACGGAAAUCCUGUCUGGUUCAUCGUCUCUGAUAGAAACCCUAGAUACAUUUCCUGGGAUGGUGAUUCUCGUGAUAAAAAUAAGGGGUUAAAGCAAAAGAUUGGGCAUGUCCUUGACUCUGCCCGUCAAUCCUCUGUAACGCUAAGACCUUCGUCCAUCAUGCUUUUCUUCUCGAGGGGACUCCACAGUAGUGUUGAUCAGAAGCUUAGGUGUGAGUUUGGAGCUGUUGAUUUUGAAAUGGAGAAGUUUUCCUGUGAGGAGCUCGAAGUGGAGGGGGGAUGGACUUAUGUAGUGCUCGGUAGAUUGUUUCCUGAUGCUCUCGUUUUCAAGAUUGUGGUUCAUGAAGAUGAUGAUACUCAUGAGACUGGAAAGAAUCUUCUUGAUUCUGCAAGGAUGGUUGGCCCUGUCUCGUGCAAGAAGAAGCACGAUGAGUGUUGUGAUUCAAAUAAUGUAGGAUCAUCUUUAUGUAAUUUUGUUUCGGCCAUGAAUUGUUGGUGCUGCUGCUCCUCGGAUGUUGAUGAUGAUGAUAAUAAUGUGGGGCUUCAAGUUGGAUCAAUUAAGAAGCAGUCAAGGAAGUGCAGUGAGGCUAAGGUGGUUAAUUUUGAUACAACUGCGUUGGUCGCGAUUGUGUCUGGAAUUAGUAAUGGUGGGUCGGGGAAACUUUUGGCUAAACCUGAGAGUGAACUAAGAGGCCGGUUUAAAGGCAACUAUGACUUUGUUAUUGCCCAGGUCGACUGUGAACACCAGCAUCCAAUCCACAAUGAACUGUUAAGUUCAAUAUCAGGAAAACAAGGAAUUAUAUGUGAAAACGUGCGCUCGGAGUUUGAGGAGCUAAUCUCAAUGUGCGGUGGACCCAAUGAGAAGUUACGAGCUGAAUACUUUCUCAAGUUCCUCAAGGUAGUGCCUGAUUGCCCGUCAACGCGACUGAUUAGCCUUCAGACAACAAGAAAGCUGGCUGUGAAAAACAAAGUGGUUUUUGGGACAGGGGACAAUUGGCGUGCUCAAACCGUGACAGCAAACAUGGGUUUUGUGAGAGCCGUCUCACAGACAGGAAUGUCUCUCUCUGUAAUCGAGCACAGGCCACGUGCUCUGAUUGGUGAGUAA